AUGGAGCAAGAGCUGCUCCGCAUCCUGCGAACCCUCGGCUCCCCGCACCACCUCAGGCAGGCCCACGCGCGGCUCGUCGCCGCCGGCCUCUCCGCGAGCCCGCGCCUCCUCCCGGCGCUCGUCGCCGCGGCCUUCUCCGCCCACUCGCCGCGCCAUGCCUCCGCCGCGCUCCGCGCCGCCGGCCCCGCCGCCUCCAGCGUCUCCCACAACACGCUCAUCGAGCGCCUCGCCGGGGCGCGCGGCCACCGCCCCGUCCCCGCGGACGCCCUCGCCGCCUACACCGCCAUGCUCGCCGCGGGGGUCCCGCCGAACGGGUUCACCUUCACCUUCUUGCUCCGGGCGUGCGCGCUCCUGGGUUUCCCGCGGCCGUGCCGGUGCGUCCACGGACAGAUAGUGAGGUGGGGAUUCGGGAGCGAAGUCUUUGUGCAGAACACGCUCCUGGAUGUGUACUACAGGUGCGGCGGCCCUGGGCGUGUUGCGGCUGCUCGGCAGGUGUUCGACGAAAUGGUUGACAGGGAUGUUGUUUCGUGGAACUCUAUUAUUGGGGUGUACAUGUCGAGUGGAGAUUACACAGGAGCGAUGGAGUUGUUCGAGGCGAUGCCAGAGAGGAAUGUUGUCUCCUGGAACACUCUUGUUGCGGGGUUUGCUAGGGUGGGUGACAUGGUGACAGCGCAGACUGUGUUUGACAGGAUGCCUUCUAGGAAUGCCAUUUCUUGGAAUUUGAUGAUUUCAGGUUAUGCAUCAAGUGGUGAUGUGGAGGCUGCACGUUCGAUGUUUGAUCGGAUGGACCAGAAGAAGGAUGUAGUUUCGUGGACAGCUAUGGUUUCUGCUUAUGCCAAGAUUGGGGAUCUAGAUACAGCAAAAGAGUUGUUCGAUCAUAUGCCUCUGAAGAACUUGGUUUCGUGGAAUGCAAUGAUAACUGGAUACAAUCACAACUCGAGAUAUGGUGAAGCAUUGCGCACAUUUCAGCUGAUGAUGCUUGAGGGACGAUUCAGACCGGAUGAGGCGACAUUAGUGAGUGUUGUCUCAGCAUGUGCUCAAUUGGGCAGUGUUGAAUACUGCAACUGGAUCAGUUCUUUCAUCCGUAAAAGCAACGUCCAUCUCACCAUUGCACUAGGAAAUGCUCUCAUAGACAUGUUUGCAAAGUGUGGGGAUGUUGGGAGGGCACAAUCAAUAUUUUAUGAAAUGAAAACAAGAUGUAUCAUUACAUGGACAACAAUGAUUUCUGGCUUUGCUUUUAACGGUCUUUGUAGAGAAGCCCUUUUGGUCUACAAUAAUAUGUGCAGAGAAGGAGUUGAACUGGAUGACAUGGUUUUCAUUGCUGCACUUGCUGCUUGUGUACAUGGAGGUUUGUUGCAAGAAGGUUGGAGUAUAUUUAAUGAAAUGGUUGAGCAAUAUAACAUUCAACCUAGAAUGGAGCACUAUGGGUGCGUAGUGGAUCUACUUGGUCGAGCAGGUAACUUACAGGAGGCGGUGUUAUUUAUUGAAAGCAUGCCUCUUGAGCCUAGUGUUGUCAUAUGGGCCACGUUGCUUAGUUCUUGUGUUGCUCAUGGUAAUGCAGAGUUUAUAGAUUAUGUCAGUAAGAAGAUAACUGAACUGGAACCAUUUAAUUCUAGUUAUCAAGUCCUGGUUUCUAAUUCUAGUGCCUUGGAAGGAAGGUGGGAUGGUGUGAUUGGUGCACGUACAAUCAUGCGUAAUUGGGGAAUUGAGAAAGUACCUGGAAGUAGCUCGAUCCAGGUAGGCAGUGAGGUUCAUGAGUUUUUGGCUAAAGAUACAAUGCAUGAAAGGAGGAAAGAGAUAUAUGAAACAGUUGAUGGUUUAAUGGCCCUCAUGAGACAUACAGAGGAAGCACCUUGGCCAAGACACUGUAGCACACUGUAGGGCCAGAAGUGCUUGGUGGAGUAUUGCUCAUCUUACCUGUGCAAAAUAAAUACAAGAUUACCAUUUGAACUGGAUAGACUUUUCUGCAGUAGGGUGACUGACUGUAAGCUGUAGGGGAGAGAGAGAGAGACCCAUGACGCCACAUGCGCGAAUCAUAGAGGACACACCCUUUGUUCUCUAGUUAUUGCAGACCACUUAACUUCUGAAGACCUUGCCAGCUUGUUUGUCUUGUGCAGCUCAUGUGUAAAGGUUGAGAGUUGAGGGCCCUAUGACCUUACGUCCUUUAAUCCUUGUAGCAGGGCCUUUCUGUGGCUACUGGCUAGUACUGGAGCUAUUCGAUGCUUGAUUGGCCAACAACUGUGUAAGUGGUACAGCUAAUCUUUGCUGAGAUAACUUGUUUUACUGUGAUUGUUGGAGAAAUUAAUUGCUGGAGUGCUCCUUUACUCUCAUUUUCCAACUGUAACUGAAAAAAAAAAAGCCGGUUCAGCUCAUCUGGUGUUGACAUGUUGUGAAUAAUCUGCAGUAACAUGGGGAAGGGGAUAUUUUCUAUUGGACAGCAAUUGUAUUAAAUUUGCUAACAAUCUUUGGUUUGAACGAAAAUGGACAGCAUUAUUUUUGGUAAAUAGAAGGCAGAGAACUUUCAACUGAACUGCUUCUUUCAUAAACCUCCUAAUGGCUGGAAUUGGCAUGAACCAAGCUCCGAUUCUGUCACCAGGAGCAAAUAGCUACGUACUAUCUCAGAUAUUAAUUAGAUGUCACUCAUUCUCUGGCAGUAGAGUCUUCUUCCCUGUCAAUGUAUAUACAAGGAAAGACCUGUUUGGGCUGUUUAUGUAGCAGCAGAAAUGCUCCAUAUGGUGUUUUUUAGCGAAUGAUCAGCCUAACUCAUUGCAUUUUGAUUAAGCUGGUCAAUCAUAUUGAGGUCAUGUCUUUGAGGUACUGAAAUCACAAAUCGGGAGCACACACCUGGUCUGUUUGUUUGACUAGCAUGGCUUAUUUGUUGCAAAUAGUAACUUCAGACAUUUCUUUUGCCAGAUUUAUGUAUUGUACAUUAGUCGCAAACAUCUUACUUGAAGGAACAACACUUUUCAACGUUAAUACACUAGUAAGCGGAAUUGUUUUUAUGCCAAUUACAUAGUUUUCCAAUCUUACUUCAAUUUUAGCUUCUAGCAAUCUUGACUUUGGUUUAAGGAACCAUAGUUUGAAGCAACAUGCAGCUAGGAAACUAGGAUGAAGGGUUGAUACAUGAUACAAAUCCAUUAGCAACUUCAAUUUAUUUUGUUGGAAGUGAGUAUUAUGCUUGUAGGUACCAUGCAGUUCAAAAUUGCUGAAUCAUGUUUCAUCUAUUGUUUGGCUCUUUCAAGUUGCAUUGGCCUUUACACCACAUACCAUCAUGACAGCAACAACUGGUUAAUAAAUGAUGGACCCUACUGGCAGCUGUUCUGGACAAUUCUGAUCACGUAGCUGCCAGUCGGUGACCCAGAUCAAUAGUGGUAUCUUCAAUCCUCUUCCAUCUAUUAUGAAUUUAUGAUAUGUUGGGAGCAAGCACAAGCUGUGGACCAAAUGGUGGUCACAACUCACAAGAGCCAGCAUCAUCCUGGGGUUUAUAGAAACCAAAGAUCUCCACAAGCAUUGAUCAGUAGUAAUACUGGAUACCAGAAACACAUCAAAGGAAUUUUGCCUUUAUAUGCAUUCAUGUGCCCUGCCAGGGUUCUAGGACCCCAAGAGCAUGUUCCUUGUCCAUCUCCUGCUAUGCAAGAACUAAUGCAAUUUCAUUUUCUGUGCCUUAUUCCAGUGUCCUUUCCUGUCUCCUUUGCUCCCCAAAGCUGAAGCAGGGGAGUGAAGUUGGGCUGUUGCUUGGAGGGGCCGAGGAUUCGCUGGUGUCAGCUCAAUCAUCCAAAGUUAAUUCUGAGUUUUUCUGAAUUGGGAGAAAGGAACACAUGCAAAUUGCUAAUGCAAUCCAGAAACUUGGUUACUACUUCAAGUCAAAUAUAUGACGUUUGAUUUUACAUCAAAUUUGAACUGUUGUGAAUUAGUAAUGUCAAUAUUAAAAAAAUUAAUGUGAGAUAUUGCAUGUCGAUGUAGGUUAUUUGAAGCCGAAAUUUACCCAACCAAGGCAUUUUAGAUAGUGGUUUGGUAAGGUUUGGUUUUCUACCAUAAGUUCC